UAUAUUUUUAAUAGCUCUCCCCUCCCCCUUAUACUGUAUUUUUCCUCUUUAGCGGUGGCUGAGCUUAGAGGCUUCUUCCUCGCUCCCUCCUCCUCCUGCUCUGAAACACAAACGGAAACUGUAACUCAUCUACUUCCUACUAAGAGAGUAACAGAAAAUACAGAGCGCGAGAGAAACAGCGACAAGGCCCCAAAGCAAGCAACUGCCAUAAAUGCAAGCUGCGGCGCCUUCUCUGCAAGAAACACAUCUGCCUGACAAAAGCAGCCAGAGAGACAGCCUUGAACUGAAGCUUUCUGUCUAUCACAGAACAGGUACUCCACAGGACAUGCGUGAAGCAGCGCGCCCACGCUCUAGUAGAGAAGAGGCGAGCGAGCUCUUGUGGGCUGAGCCAGCACUAUCCAGACACACCUGUAAGACUUGCUGUGCCCGGAAGGAGGAAUCUUCAAAAGGGAACGCCUACCACGGGAAGGGGAUGUGACUAGGAGAAAGCUAGGGAAUGACUAGGGCAGAGGGCUUGGAGAAAGUGGCCUACAAGGAUAGAGCAGCAAAGAGGAAGACAUUUGCAGACCCAUCUUCCCCUGAGACUUCAUGGACCAGAUAUAAAGUGGGGGGUAACCAAAAAGAGGGGUUGGAGGCAACCCUAACCCUAAUCAAGGACACUAGAGGCUGCAGAUAAGCUGAACCUCAAAGAGGUGACCAAAGGAUUGGAAAGAACCUGUUUGUUUGGAGAAUUCCUUGUAUGCCACAAGCAGGGAAAGACUCUGUGAGCAGCCCAAAGGGUCCCUCACUCACCUCAAGGGGUGGAGAAUGCAGGCAUAACACCUGAUACAAGGGUGUUUACUGAGCUUAGCAGUUCUGAGCAAGAUGGAACCUGAGCAGUGGUGUAGAUGGCUAGCGGACAUGCGACAGCAGCACGGGGCUCAGCAACGACAGCUCCGGCAAUUGCUGCGGCCGUGGGCUACCCGACAGCAAGUUCAAACCACGCAACAGCUGCUGAGGGGACUGAAGACCCAGCAGCAGGAGUUACUCAAGGAAACGAUACAACAGAUAGUGUUGGCCCUAUACUCCCACAGAAUGCCAGUGGGUUACGCUUCCACUGAGGCGUGUCCCUGACCUGUAUCUGUGAAGCUAACCAAGAUGGGACCAGACAAUAAUCCUGAGGUCUUUUUAGUUACAUUUGAGAGAGUGGCACUAGCAUCUCUGUAGCCCUCUGAGCAGUGGGCUUUUUAGUUCCACACUUGACUGGUCUGGUACAGGCAGGCCUACCAAGGCCUGGACUUAGAGGAGGCUAAGGGCUGUAAACAAGUAAGGUUUGCCUCCCAGUUGAUGUGCAAAUUAGGCUCCCUUCUGAAGAUCAUGUCCCUGAAAACCUCAGUGUUCCACCUGCAGUCAGGUGGCCUAGUGGAGCAAUUUAAUGAGACUCUGAAGGGAAUGUUGAGACACUUCGUUAGUAAAUACCACAAGCACUAGGACCAGCUACUCUUGCCACUCCUGAUUUUCCUAAGGAAGGUCCUGCAGGCCUCCACAGGGUUCUGUCCCUUCAAGUUACUCUAUGGCUGCCAACCACAGGGAAUUCUUGGCCUUGUUACGAGAGGGCUGAGAGGAACAGGGCAUAGGCGCCUUAAGUGCAGACCAACAUGUCUUACAAUUCAGGGAAUGACUCGGGGACCUAGGGGUAUUUGCAAGAGAGAAUUUGAGAAAGGACCAACAUACUCAGGAACAAAAAUAUAAUUAAGGGGCACAACUACAGACCUACCUUGAUGACUGGAUCCUUCAACGGCUUCCUCAGCUGAGUCAAAAUUAAUGGCCCAGUGGCAGGGUCCAUUUGAAGUUGUUAGACUAUUGGACUAUGAGACAAAACUGCUAGGUAGAAAGAAGGAAACUAAAAUUUAUCAUGUGAAUCUUCUUAAACCUUGGACGAUGCAAGAGGCCUUGCUGAUAAUUUCCUCCCUUACAGAGCCCAAAUUAGGGCCCCAAGUAUGCCAUGGCCAAGAACCGACACCAGUGCCUGUAUGCCUGCACAGAAGAAGAAACUUCUCCAACUGACCAAUGACUUUGGGACUGUAUUUCCUCCUCCCCCCUCGCCCUCCGCGGGAGAACGCAGUCCAAUGCCACCUAGAGAUCACCUCGGGCCAGCUAAUCAGAGAGAAGCCUCUGCCAUACCCAUGGAGGAUGUGGGACACAUUCUGAGAAGUAUGAGCAAUGCUGGAGAUGAGGGUAAUUAGGGAGUCCAGAAGUGAAUGGAGGCUCCCUAUAGUUCUAAUUCCCAAACUGGACGGUUUGGUUUUGCAUAGAUUUCAGGAAGGUUAAUUCCAUUUUGACAUUUGAUGCCUACCCGAUACCAAGAGUAGAGGAGUUAUUACAGCAGCUAGGACCAGCAAAGUCCCCGAGCACUAUUGACCUGAUGAAAGGUUAUUGGCAGAUCCCUCUGUUCCCAUCCUCACACAAGAAAACUGCUUUUGCAAACUCCUUCAGGUAUUUCCAAUUCGACCCUAGGCCUUACAACCUCCAUGGGGCUGCCGCAACUUUCCAACUUAUGAAUAGGAUCCCCAGUCUGCAUCAUCAGUAUGCUGUGGCCUACCUAGAUGAUGUUUUACAGUCCUACUUGGGGAGACCAUCUACACUACUUAAAAGCAGUGUUAAAAGCCCUUCGAGACACAGGUCUUGCAGCCCCCCCCGCAAAAUGUUGAAUAACCAUGACUGAAGUAAUCUAUUUGGGGUACUGUGUAGGGGGCACCCUUAUGAAACCAGUGAUCGACACGGUACAGGCCCUAACGGAUGCCCAGUUCCCCAGGCAAGUGAGGCAUUUUCUUGGCCUGACAUUCACAGCCCUUCGCCUCAUUCACAGCCCUCCUGACAGACUUCAUAGAAGGUAACAACUCAGAGAAGAUCCAAUACAAUGGGAACAGUGAGGAAGCUUUUAACAAGCUGCAAACACCACUGUGCCGGAUGCCCAUGCUCUUCAACCCUGAUUCCCCCUCCCAAUGAAUUCAUUUCACAUAUAGAUGCCUCAGGUGUCUGUCCCAGUGCCAUGCUUUUACAGGACUUCAACAGGGAGGAAUACCCAAUCCUAUACCUGAGCAGGAAGCUAUUCCCUAGAGGGAAAGGCCUACUCAAUUGUUGAAGAGGAGGCACUAGCAAAUGAGUGGGCGGUGGAUUCUCAGUUAUUAGCUGCUGAGUAGCCCCGUCUCCUUGACCACAGAUCAAGCCCCCACAUACUGGCUCCAUACCAUAAAAGACAUAAACCUGUGUAUAAUGCGAUGGUACCUUGUACUGCAACCCUAUAGUCUCAGAGUGCAACACUGGGAGGGAAAGGACCAUCCUUGUACAGAUUUUCUUUCAGCAGGAAAUUGGAGACGAAGAUGACCAGCCUUAAGACGGCCUUUCCAACUUGAGGGGUAGGGUUUGUGAGGGGGCACUCUCAGAGGAGGUUAACGAGCUCUUAUGGGCUCAGCCAGCACCAGCCAGAUACACCUGCAAAGGUUGCUGUGCCGGGAGGGAGGAAAAGGAAAGCAUGCCACCGGAAGAGGGGCAGCUAGGGGAAGAAUGCUGUGCCUCAGAGACAGCUGGGGACAGGGAUAGAGCAGCAAAGAGGAAGACAGUUGCAGACCUAUUGCCCCUGAGACUUCAUGGACUAAGUAUAAAAUGGGGGUGAGCAUAAAGAGGGGCUGGAGGCAAACCCUAACCCUGAUCGAGGACACUAGAGUCUGCAGAUAAGCUGAACCCCAAAGGGGUGACCAAAAGACUGAUCCCCUUUUGCCUUUUUUCCUUUACUCUGAUUCUGCCUCUCCCAGUGGAUGGAGAGGGGAAGGAACCUUUUUGUUUGAAGAAUCCCUUGUAUGCCACAAGCAGGGAAGGACUCUGUGAGCAGCCCAAAUUGUGAUCUAGUGGGGACUCAAGAGGGCCCUCACCCACCACAACAUGACAGUGAAUAGCAUUUGAAAGACACUGGCAAUGUGCUUUAACCAUGUUCUGGAGGGAGCCUCAGUAGGGGCAUGAUGGGGUGUUCAACCCACACUGGGUUAAUGGAGGCCUCAUGGGCCUGCCACCCCAGCCCAGAAAGGAGCAGUGAAGGUGAGUCCUCCAAACAGCCUAGGGAGGCUGUGAAAGAAGCAACCAAUCAGGGCCUAGCAGGCUCACAUAAAAGGGAGUUGCAGGGCAGAGCAGGUUUAGUGGCUGCUGGAUGCUCAGGCUGUGAGGGCUGUGUCUCUGAGGGGCUGAGAGAAUUGGUAGCAAGUGCUCUCUCUCAGGUGCUGGCAGGGACUGGGGGAACCAAAGGGAGCUCCUGGCUGGCUGCUGGAACUUGCUGGCUGAAUGCCCUGGGAUAAGGAUGAAGAAGGUGCUGGGGCCAUGGGGAAGUGGCCCAGGGAAUUGAAGCAGCAGAGACCGAGGUUAAAGAGAUGCAGCAGGAGGCUGCUAUCCACAAGGUUCUUGGGCUGGGACCCAGAGUAGUGAGCGGGCCCAAUUCCUCCUGCCCCCUCCCACCCCACUUGCCACUGGGGAAGUGGCACAAUUUGGACUGUGGUACUAAUUCCCCUCCUCCCGGAAGGGGAUAACCGUAGAUGGUGACAUGGCCGGAGGGCUGAGCCAUGAAGUGAACACUAUGGUACUUGGACUGAGUGAGGUCUGCAGGCAGAGAAGAUGACAGGAGAGGUGCCACCAGAGGGAGUACCGGCUAGCAGAGCUAAUCUCUGUGAUGACCAGCAGGAGGCGCUGCUGUGGGCAAUGUCUGCUGUGUGGCUACACGUUGGCCAAUGUGGCAAUCAGAUCGGUGAGGAGUGGUGGCAGACCCUAACCAGUGAGAAUGUGCCGCAUGCAGAGGCUGAUAGAAUGCCCUCACGACUUUCCAUCGGGGGAGCAGAACGGAUAAGUGCUAUCUGCGUGGACAAUGAACCGAAAGUGGUGAGGAAGCUGCAGAAACGAGUUACGAGAGGCUCUUUCAGGGAGAACAAUCUUCUCACGGGGAAGCGAGGAAGAGGCAAUAACUGGGCUUUUGGAUACCACGGCCUGCACUCAGCCAGCGAGAGGAACCUCCUAGGAAGGACGAUGGAGAGUCUGCGGAAGGAGGUCGAGUGCAGAGACUGUUACUGUGGGACGGUGCUUUUCCAUAGCCUCAGUGGUGGUACAGGAGCUGGCCUCAGUUCCCGGCUGUGUGAAGCGAUCCGAGACGAGUACUCCCUGGGUCAGAUCCUGUCGGUGACGGUAGCCCCGCACCAGGGUGGCGAGAGCCCUCUGCAGCACUACAACUCCUUGCUGUGCCUUUCGUGGCUCCAGAGACAUGUCGACGGCGUCCUCCUGUUCCAGAACGAUGCCGUGCUGAGGAGGACGGCAGCCCUGCUUGGGAAGAAAGCGCCAGUGUCUGACAUGCAGCCCCAGGUCUCCCUCUCCGCCAUGAACACCUACGUCACUUCCUGCCUUGCUGAGCUGCUUUACCCUCUCAAGGCUUUCACGACAGGAAGAUCCCUAGCAGGUCCCGAGAAGCCGAUCGUCCAUUCCGACAGAGGGCGGGAGGAAAGGAGUAUUAUUGUCCCCAUCGUACAGGUGAUGGGUGGGAAGUGUUCAAGAUGGGACAGGAGAACGCUUCCCCGCCAGCUGGGGGAGAGCUCUGAAGGUCAUCCCUGGAUCUGCUUUGCCCUUAGCUUGCCUUGUUUGCAGCAUUAUAGCACCUCUGUGCUGGCUGUAGCCCGCAGCUACCAAGAGGCCACCUUUCUUCUGUCCCGUGACUCGGUGCUGAGGAAGCCGAAGCAAGCUUACCGCUGUGUUCCUUAGAACCCCUUCCCUCUCCGCUGCUGGACAGACUCUCUCAACAUCGUGCAGCCCAGAUGUCACAGCCACUCGCUGACUGUCUGCGCCAACCACAGCAGCUCAGCGGAACUCCUGCAGCAGGUGGUGGCCAGAGCAGAGGCCAUGUACAAGACCAAUGCCUACCUCCACUGGUACUGGCGAUACGGCUGCGAGGAGGAGGAUUUCCAGCAGGCCUUCGAGACGCUCUGCUCAGUGGCAGAUGAUUACAGCCGGCUGGGAGAAUAACACUGUCUGCUGUGGCACUUCCAGGCUGCUGGCUGUCAGCCUUCCUCCUGAGAGCCUGGAGAACCUCCAGGAAACAUUGUGCCAAGGUCUCUGGUAAAGGGGUGGUUCUGCGUUGAGGGGGAUGCUGCAUUAAAUCAAUACUGUGACACAAACUAGGUAAAUAGAUUUGCUUCUCAGCGUGUGCAAAACAGACCUUGGGCUCACCUGUCUCUUGGUCCAUGGCCCAUGCAGGGGUGAUAGGGAGAGCAAGAUCCCGUUGUGCCCCCGCACAGGCUACCCAGACCUUGUAUAGAUUCAGACUCUAGGACUGGAAGGGACCUCGAGAGGUCAUCGAGUCCAGUCCCCUGCCCUCAUGGCAGGACCAAAUACUGUCUAGACCAUCCCGGAUAGACAUUUAUCUAACCUACUC